AUGACAGACCGUGUUCUAGAAACGCCUAACCCAAAUCCUCCAGCGCAAAAAGAAGGCACGAUCGCAACCAUAAAAUCCUUAUCGAGCUUCGAGCCUCAACUAAACCGAAGCUUCUUCAGCAUCUUGACAAACAACACCCGUAACAUCCCCACUGGGUAUGGUAGUUUGCCGGUGAAAAUUCUGAAAAACAUUUUCAAACAUUUCGACGAAGAUGAGCUGAUAAAAGUGAUCAGUCCUGUUUGUCAGAGGUGGAGGUACGCGGCCUUGCAACCAGAGUUGUGGAAAACGUUGAAAGUGGUCGGGAAAUCCAUCCCCACCACCAAAAUAUGCGACCGAAUAUGGAUGUUUUCCAAGCUUGAACACGUAGAUAUAAAGAACAUAUCGGACCCAUCCACAGUUCUAAGGCAAAUCAGCAGAAAUUUGCGACAAUUAAAAUCUUUAAAGUUACGAAAUUUGGCGAUAAAAGAAGAAAGUCUAAGGAGAGUCAUCAUAUCUUGCACGAAGUUGCAAAAUUUGGACCUCAAAGGCUGCGAUUUUCGCGCCACCAGAUUUUUCGAGGAACUUAGCUACCUAAAAAACCUCAAAAGCAUCAACUUCGGAGGCAACUCCUAUCUAAGCCUGCAAAAUCUAGUUUCUGCAGCUGUAAAUUGCAAGAGUUUGGAAGAAUUUCAUCUGGCUGUGUUCGAUCCCCUGGAGGAAAGACAAGUUUUAAGGGACGAAGAUUGCACGUUUUUGCUCGCAACAUUUUCCAAAGUGAAAAGGAUUUCCCUGGAUGCUGUGUAUUUAUCCAACGUAACCUAUCAGUUACUUCUAAAUUGCAAGGAGUUAGAGUAUCUUGGGUUCUAUGGUGCUCAAAACAUAACCUCAGAAAUAUUCAGAAGAACUAGAGAAAUAAUGCCGAACUUGGAAGCUUUAAAAAUCAGAUUUCCUUAUGAAGUUAGAACUGAAGACGUUGCUUACAUUUUUUCUGAUCAUUCACUUCCAAAAUUACGAGAACUGGAUUUGACAGGCUCAAAAAUCGACGAUGCAGGCAUUUUAGAAAUAUCAAAAUCAUGCCCAAAUGUGAGCAAAUUAAUACUGAGAAGUUGUAAAAAAGUAACCGAUAUAAACGCAGUAUUAAAUUCAUGUACCAACUUGGCAAUGUUAAAUGUUGCGUUCUGUGAUCAACUAAUGCUGAAUUUUGAUGUACCGUAUGGUUUGAAGGCUUUAUUUUUGGGUAAAGAUGAAAAAUGUUUGGAAUUUGCGGAAAACCUUUUGGAAAUCAGACCAAAAUUGUCCACGAAAAUUUGCAGUUCAGAAUACAACAAGAAAUUUACUUCGUAUAAAGUUAUGAAGAGUAGUGAAGCUGAUUUGACUGUUGAAUGA